AUGCCCAACACUGGCCGACCUAGCCGGGAUUGCCAUGAAUGUCGACAGCGUCGAAUUAAGUGUGAUCUUGUACGUCCUGGCUGUGGUCAGUGCAUACGAAAGGGACUACGAUGUUCUGGUUAUCGCGACGAAACAUCUAGCCUCUUCCAGAUAGCGACGGUAUCAUCAUACCAGUCAAAUCAUAAUAAAGGUCCUCGCAGAAAACGAAAUACAGCAGGCAACCCGUACCCCUUGCCGAAGGUUUGUCGGUCUCGUUCGGAGACAGUAAACACAGAGGACAGAACGGUUUCUAUUCCAUGGUGCAAGCCCCUAUCAGAACCAUGGGAGGACCAUGUUAUGCCGUUGGCAAAGGACAAUUUUGACUUCUCAUCCACGUUCUCCGACCUACUUAAACUGGCUGAAGAAGAUUCGGCGCUGUACAAGGCAGCUUAUGCCUUUGGGUGUGCGUAUUUAGAAAAUAUUUCCCAGUCUCAUACAGCUACUUCCUAUCGAGUGAAGGCAUACGGAACAGCAAUUGCUUCCAUGAACUUGGCACUUCAUGACCCUCGACAAUAUCAAAAUGACAGCAUCCUGUUAGGUGUGUUGUUUUUGGGUCUGUACGAGGAUAGCGCUAAUGCGUUUUCCAAAUGGGAUAUUCAUAAUCAGGGACUCAUAGAACUGAUCCGUCAGCGUGGCCGGGAUCAAUUUCGAAGACAGGAUGGACGGAAUUUGUUCUUCACCGUAUAUAACACAAUGCACAACCGAGUACUUACCCCUGACCCAAGGUACUUUGAUGAAGCAAUCAUGUGGUUCAACGAAAUACAUAAAUACUGCGAAGCGGCUGAGUACCCUGUUCUUCGAGCAUACAUUUUCACCUAUCAUUGCACUCGAAUAUGCACUGAUAUCCAGGAACUUUUAAAUACCGGCGAUCCUGAUACGUUGCUACUAAAUUCGGAAACCAUCUUACAAGACGCAGAGAACGUGGAAAACAUUCUAUACCCAUUGACACACGAUAGCCCCGUCGCAAAAUUCACCAUAGACCCGCCUUUAGCACCGCGUAAUUCUUAUAUAGGCACCUCUGUGCUGCGAAGUAACUAUAGAUUACGGCUCUCACAUCAUGUUCUAGAGUUUGUGAAGCAAGCCUCCGAAGCACCGAGCUGUACGUCUCAGCAGCGAGUUCUGUUUUCUGCGAUUCAAAAUCGCUGUCUGGACGAGAUCCGGGUGUUGAGAAAGAAGAUAUCACGCUUCUUGGAUUUAAUUUCGCAUCACCGCUUGCGUGCUUUUGCGACGAUGGGAUCGAGUAUCUUUCUUCAUAAGCCUAAUGUUAUGCAACGAACGCAAACGAAUUCGAAAGGUACCAUUGUAUCGGCCGAGAGACAAUCAAGAAUUAAUAUUCCUUUAUGCUAG